AUGGCCGUGCAGGAUUGUGCCCCCGUUGAUUUAGCGCGGGGUGAAUGUGAAAACGAGGAGGGCUCCACACCCGUACAUCAGGCCGUUCAUGGAGGUUCCGCACCGGCCAUCGAUAUGCUCGCCAAGGCAGGAGCGAACAUCGAAAAAAGGAAUGUCAACGGGGCGACACCACUUCAUGCCGCUAUGCAGUGCUACCUCGAAGUUGCUCUCCCUCUGUUGAGGCAUGGCGCUGAAGUGAUUACUGCCACCACAGAAAUCCUGGCCCCUCUGCAUCUCGCGGCUGGGUUUGCUGGAAGUGAGCGUGCAGCGGAGAUAGUAGAUCUUCUCUUGAGGUGGGGUACUGACGAAGGUGUGCCUGACGACGAAGGCCGCAAAGCCGGGGACUUUGUUUGGGUGGACGCUCGCUGCGGAUGGAUUGGACAAGGUGUCCAGGACACUCAGCCAGCAUAAAGCGAACGACGUGUCCGACAGCUGUUGGCCAACGCCUCUGCCGACAGAACCUGGCGCCGCCGCGGCCUGCCAAUCAUGGGUCGUGCUCAUCCCGGUAGGGUCGCGACUGCGGGUGUGACGGCCUGGGUAAUGACGGUGGGGAUAGAGGAUGUCUUCCGGGGGAUACUACUUCCCGGUGACCCGACAAGACCACCACGUUCAACGACUCUUGAUGUAGGGAGCGCGGAAAAGCACGAAAGGGUGAUUUACGAGUGAUCCUUACGAUCCUAUCGUUAAACAAAAAGGAACGGCUGCAGACGACGCGACCCAAUUCACAGCCUGUCGAGUGAAUCGGUGUCUUGCGAAGUACCACGUGCCGACGAUAGAUCGCAUAACCGGUGGAACGCAAUUAAGGUGGAAGCGUGACGUCCUUCUCAACCAUGCUCCAACAAGGAAGAAGCAAGCCCAGAAUGUUGUCUAGCGUUGCGGGUACACGAAGAACAGUCGGGAUUUCAAUUUCACUACAGUAUACAGUACUGUGCAGGGUGGACGAGCCCGACAGUGGAAUUCCGUUCGCGAAAGAAUGAACAACAUCAUCUCUAUGCGGACCCGUGCCCAACAUGUUGAAGGUACAACAUUAACGUGGAGACAUCCCGGUAGCUAUGUCGUGCUUUGGCUAUUGCCAACAUGAAUAUGUCGGCUCCUUUCCCGUACGAGGACGCGCAUCCCCAGUUGGACAGAGUGAACAGGAGUUCGAGAAUAUUAGUGUCUUGACUCGAGGCAACGAAUCCCCUUCAACUACUACUAUUGUCGUGCCGGGCAUAUUCAGCGAAUACAAGAAGAGCGAAUUCAUGCCCAAGCAAAGAUACACAAACCCGAUGUUCAUGACAAAAACGAGCUCGAGGCCGAAGGCCUCACCUCCGGAGUGUAGCCCCAUGCAUUCCUCCUCUCGAUUUCAAAACAACUGCGCCCAAGGACCCAUGUCCCACUGCAUGACCAAGCUGAUCACAAACCACGGGAAACGUCACGUGCGAGCUGAAAUGCAAAUAUAACUUGUAGUCCUAGUAGCCUGAGACUAUGGACAGCACCCAACAGCUUCGACAAAAGCAAGCGUCACACGGGAGAUCGACUCCCCGAGCUUGAACGGAAGCAAAAAUGAAUCAUUCUUGAAACCGGAAAAAAGAGGCUGUUCCAUGAGGGAAUGAAGAUCAUCCCGGACUAAGGGAAACACCACAAUGGGCACAUGUCGAUGGUGAAAUUAUACAGGACCACCUGCACACAGCAGAUGCGAGCAAGCAAGCUUCACACGAGAAACCCUCCGAGUUAUUACGGAAAAUAUGUCAUUCUUGAAAGAUGAACAAACAAGUGUUUCAUGAGGGGAAGGAACGAAUAACAUAUCCCAGCACAAGGGCAACAUCACCACAGGCACACGUCGAUGACGGUGCCUCAAAAAGAAACGAAAACUGACACGCAACCACUUUGAGCUCAACAAUAGGCAGGUUACGUACUGUGAAGACAGAUCAAACAGACCAGACAAGACGUAUCACACAACGCUCCCCGCAAGAACCGAGAGAGUCCACACGGUUACGACAAGGGUUGCAACACAGCGCUGAACGCACGCUGGAAAUCAGGCCACGCUACCACCACUACCAACACAUGAAAACAAGGGCAACGAAGGAACAGCACAGGUCCAAACCCCGUCUAGCGUGUAGGCGGGUUGGUGACACUGCUGUAGGCGUCAUCCUCUUCCAUGCCGACGUCCCCCUCGUCGCCGUCAUCGUCGGCCUCCUUCCGGUCCACCACGGCGCCGUCGCCGGCCGUGUCCGUGUCGUUUUCCCCGGCGUCCCCAGUGGUCACAGUACGGUCGCUUGCGGCAUCGCUGCCGUCGCUACGGUCGCUGUCGGUGCAGCUGUCGCUGAUGCUGCUGCCGGUGGUGCUUCCAUGGCUGUCAAAUGGCUCCGCUGACUCGUCGUUGUUCUCGAAUCCCUGUUAAGCUGAGACAAUAUCAAGAAUCCGCUGUAACAGUACCCGUUGUCAGCUCUAGGAGAGGUGGGUGGUACUCCUUUUUUGCUCGCCUUGAAAAUUUGGCCAUUUGGGGCGGAACUACCGGAGGACAGAUGCUUUCUGAAACUCUUGGGACUAUCGCUUGCCUGUACCGGUCAGUGUGUUCGUAUUGUCGAAAUAUUUUAUUGACGUCUCUGCUCUACAUGGACGUUCGUGCUACGCGGUGUGACUAGGU